AUGUCUACCCCAGCAGCCAAACGUCGUCGAAUUGAAGCUGCAAAUACUCUUCAAAAACCCUUCCGUUCACCAUUCAAGACACCAUUCAAAUCACCCCUCAUUAAAGCCCCUCCAAACACUCGCGCUUCUACUGCCGCCUCAGCAGCCUCUAUUCCUCUAUCUUCCAAGAUUUCAAGUUCUUAUCCGGUCGUGAGCAUUCCAUCUCCAAAUACAGUGACGCGCGUCAAGAAAUCCUUCACAUCACCGGUUUCCCCAGCGGUUCUUAAUGCCGAUCCAAAUAUUGCGCCGCUACUCAAAGAGCAAAGAGAAUUGGAGAAACAACUGAAGGCAGUCAAGGAGGAAUUAGACAUGGCAGAACAGGCGAAGAAGAUUGAGAGGGAUAGUAAAACUAAAGAUAAGGAUGGAAAUGGAGAGAUUGAUGGAGAGUUAAUAGAACUGUGUGAGAAGUGGAAAGGAGCGAGUCGAUUAGCAGCAGAAGAGUUAUUUGGGAAAGUUAGAGAUAGGGUUAAUAGGAUGGGUGGACCAAGAGCUUGGAAGGAAAUGCAAAAGAGACAACAGGAAUAUCAAAAUAAUUGGGAUCAGGAUGAAGUAAACAACAAUAAUAAUGACGAUUCUGAUGACGAUGAUGAGGAUGGUAAGGUCAAGGAGAAGCGAGAUAUUUAUGCAGAGUAUAGCAUUGAUCCUGAGACGGAGAAUGAAAGAGCACAGAGAGCUCCGGGACUUGGUGAUACUGGAGAGAAUCCUGGAGAGGAAGAUGAAUUUACAAUGGCAAUGAUGCUGAGAACAUUAAAUGUGGAUUUGGCAGUAAUUGGGUAUGAUAGGGAGCAACAAAGAUGGAUUGAUUGA